AUGAAGAACAAUAGCUAUUUAACAGAUUCAUCUAUAGCACAAGUUAUUCAUCAUAGUUCUCGUAAACUAUUGACUACAAAUGAUCGUGUUCGAAAACUUUUAGCUCAUAGUUAUAGCACAGAAAUUUUACUCUUUAGUUUUGAUUCACGUGUUCAACAACAUGCUGUCCCAUCUUGUAUAUCUCCAAGUACUAUUUUUUCAAAAAUUUUCCAUGACCAUAUCGAUUGGCAAUCAAUAGCUUCUGAAGAACAUUACAAUGCUAAUGAAGUUUUUGAUAAUAACAACGAAGAGCAACCUGAUCCAAAUGUUUUUAGUUUUAGAAAAAGAAAAUAG